CCGGUGGCGGCGUGACAGAGGGACGCGGCGAGGAUGAGCUCCUUCCUCGAGUACCCCGUCCUCGGCGGCGAGGCGGGGGGCUGCGCCGCCCGCGCCUACCACCCCGAGCACGGGAUUACAACUUUCCAGCCCUGCGCCGUCAGCGCCGGCAGCUGCAGCGGAGAGGACCGCUUCCUGGCGGGCCGCGGGGUGCCCAUCAGCCCCCACCGCCACCACCACCACGGCCCGGCCCAGCCCGCCGCCUACCAGCACCACGGCGGGCUGGGGGUGUCCUACGCGCACCCCGGCUGCGGCCCGACCUACGGCGCGCAGGGCUUCGGAGCGGCGUACGGCCCCUACCCCCUGGGGCAGGACGCGGAGCUGGGCGGCGGCUUCCCUCCCUGCGCCCCCGCCGUGUACUCGGGGAGCAUCUCCUCCUCCUCCGCCGCCGCGCAGCACCCGCUCCCGCACCAGGGCUACGCGGGGGCCUCCGCUCAGUACGUGCCUCCCCCUUACGGGCAGGAGCAGCAGAGCCUGCCCCUGGGCACCUACAACCAUGCCCUGUCUCCCCUCCACGCUGGCCACCGGGAAAACGCCCGCUCCCCCUCCACCGAGACCUCGCCGCCGGCGCAGACCUUCGACUGGAUGAAAGUGAAGAGAAACCCACCCAAAACAGGCAAGGCUGGCGAGUACGGCUUCGUGGGGCAGCCCAACACCGUCAGAACUAACUUCACCACCAAGCAGCUCACCGAGCUGGAGAAGGAGUUUCAUUUCAACAAAUACCUGACCAGGGCCAGGCGGGUGGAGAUCGCCGCCUCCCUCCAGCUCAACGAGACGCAGGUGAAGAUCUGGUUCCAGAACCGGCGGAUGAAGCAAAAGAAACGGGAGAAAGAAGGGCUGCUGCCCAUCUCCCCCGCCACCCCCACGGGCUGCGAGGAGAAGGCGGAGGACUCGUCGGAGAAGUCCUGCUCCUCGCCCUGCAGCGCCUCGCCCGCCUCCUCCGCCUCGGACACGCUCGCUGCCUCCAACUGA